CAACAAGUGCCAACACAGAUCCUGACCUGCACCGCUGUCAACCCUGCAACAAAGAAGUCAGUCACUGUCCAAAAGACACUGUGAGUGACAGAUCAGCGGUCCAGCCUAUCUGAUUUCAGGAGUUACAUCCACCUUUACCUGCUCAGCUGACUGCCACCCCUCCUGCAGCUACUCAUGGACUGUUAUGCUGGAAGAUGAGACAUUUGAUACUGCACAAGGCAACACCAUUUCUGUCACUCCACCUGUUAGUACUGUUGUCUCUGAAAAUCUGAUCUGUGAGGCUGAGAACACCGUCUCCCAUCUGUUCAUCUCUACAACUCUGUCGCUAUGGGUGCCAACAUCGCUGGCGACACUGCAGUGACAGUGGGAAAGCCAUAUACGUUCAUAUGUCUGGCAACAUGCAUUCCAUCCUCCGCCUUUACAUGGAAGUACAUGGGGAAGACUUUCCUGGGUGAUCAAGUCCGGAUAACCAUCUUGCAGGAGGAAGACGAACAAAAGUUUGCCAGUCGCCUGCAGAUGACUGCUAGUGACUACUCUAAAAUUGAGCCUCUGACCUGCGAGGCCACAAACACUUUAAAUCAAGCCAGUAUCACCACCACUCAGAACCUCACUGUCAUCGAUCCCAUCUCAGUGUGUCCCACCUCUCUGCCAGUAGCAGGCGAGCCUUUCUCUCUUCAGUGUCUUGGCUCUCAGAAUCCGACCUCUAUUACAUGGCUGAAGAACAAACACCCAAUGCCAGCAUAUGAAAGAGUGCGUUUCUCCGCUGACAACAUCACGAUGACCUUCAGUCCUCUCCUGCAGGCAGAUGACGGUUUAUACCAAUGUGUGGUGGCAGAGGGGGCGGCCGCCAUCCUGUCUGUUGGCUACAAGAUGCAAGUAAACUACGGGCCUGAUAAGGUGCUAAUUGUGAAACCCAACACCGGAUCUGUGGGUGAGAGGAUGUUAGUUCUGCCUGGAUCCACAACAGAGUUGCAAUGUUUGGCUGACUGCUUCCCCGUCUGCUCCAUCACCUGGUAUUACCAUGACAUGCUCCUGGCUACAAAUGCCUCCAUAUUCUUCACACCUGUAACACCUCCAUAUCAGGCUGCCCUCACCUGUGUGGCUUUCAACUCAGUGACAAAGAAAAACAGGAUGGCUGAAACCACAGUGGUGGUGCCUGAUGGACCAAAGAAUGUGACCAUUUCAGGACCAGAUUCUCUUGAAGUUGGGGUCACAGCCAGCUUUACAUGCUCAGCUGAGUGCACUCCUCCCUGCAGCUUCACGUGGACCUUGUAUGGGAAGAAGAUGAUGGGUCGUGUGAUUGACAUCACUGUGAACCGCCACAUUUCCACAGAGUCCAUCAGCUGCCAGGCUGAGAAUGCAUUCACAGGGAAGACAGCGAUGGUCAAUGAGAUGCUCAGUGUCUCAGAGCCCCACUGGUGUGGAUGCUGAGACACUGGAAACUGCUCAGUGCAAACUAGAUUCUUCUGAUCUGCAAGUGCUCUGUACACAGUGGAGCACUAAGAUGUACUUUGGUGAUCUUUUUAUUGACACUCAGGUGCAUAGCUGUAUUUGCUCAAGCAUUGUUUACUCUUGACUGUGAUCUUGACAGCGACCUAACCGGGGUGUUUCCUUACCUUUAGCACAAUGCAUGCUGGGACAUGCUCCAACUUCUUUGUGACCCUGAACAAGAUUAGACAGGCACUGAGAAUGGAUGUAUGGAUUGUGUGCCUGAGUGUUACAGAAAAGUUGAGUUUUAAUUGCACAAGGCUUAUCUCAUUUUCUUUAUUGACAUAUUCCCAUUUGUCUUGCCAAACAAUAUGCACUAUUACCUUUAAUAAACAAUGAACUACUGUGCUUUUUCUGCCUAUUCUGUGCUAAUUCAUCACUCGUGACACAUCUGAGAUUAAAUAAUAUUCAAAACCAUUUUUACUUGUUAAGGUAUCGAUUUGAAAACAGCGUGCACACAAAUGACAAAAUAUACCUUUAUUCGUAGAUCAGUUUUCUGAGAACAGAUGUAAAUACAGAAUCUGAAUACUUGUGGCUCAAACUGAAGCCCUCCUUCACUCACACGGGUUUCUACAGUUAAGCCAUUUUAGUCAAUGCUAUAUCAGGUUUCUUUUGGCAGGUAUAAGAAUG